GGAGGUUUGGUCCUCAGCGGCCGCCGUCUAGGAGCCGGUGUGAGAGAAGGUCUAGGAGCUGGGGUCGUGGAACCUGACGCUCGAACCCCACCCCGCUGGAGAUGGAAUUCGACUGCGAAGGUCUGAGACGGCUGCUUUGCAAGUACAAGUUCAGGGAUCUAACUGUGGAAGAACUAAAGAAUGUAAAUAUGUUUUUCCCACAUUUCAGAUAUUCCAUGGACACCUAUGUUUUCAAAGAUGAUUCCCAGAAAGACUUGCUGAAUUUCACUGGUACUAUUCCUGUGAUAUAUCAGGGUAAUACAUAUAACAUACCAAUUCGUUUGUGGAUUUUGGAUUCUCACCCUUUUGCUCCCCCCAUUUGCUUCUUAAAGCCAACCGCAAAUAUGGAAAUCUCAGUUGGAAAACAUGUGGAUGCUCAAGGCAGAAUAUACUUGCCCUACCUCCAAAACUGGAGCCAUCCUAAAUCUGUCAUUGUAGGAUUAAUUAAAGAAAUGAUCACCAAGUUUCAAGAGGAACUUCCCCUCUAUUCUCUCUCCCCAUCUGACGAGGCACGGCAGGGGGACUUGCUAGCCUAUAUUGCAAAGAUCACUGAAGGUGUCUCAGACAUAAAUUCAAAGAACUGGGCAAAUUAUGAGAACAAAACAGUAAAGAAAAUUACCGUGGUUGGAGGUGGAGAACUAGGAGUUGCCUGCACAUUAGCAAUCUCAGCAAAGGGCCUUGCAGACAGACUCGUCCUCUUAGACCUCUCAGAAGGGACGAAGGGAGGGAUGAUGGACCUUAAUAUCUUCAACCUGCCUAAUGUGGAGAUCAGCAAAGAUCCCUCUGCCUCUGCUCAUUCCAAGGUGGUCAUCUUCACAGUUAACUCUUUGGGAAAUUCUCAGUCCUACCUUGAUGUGGUGCAGAGAAAUGUGGAUAUGUUCAGAGCCCUUGUCCCAGCUCUGGGGCAUUAUAGUCCAAACAGUGUCCUGCUUGUUGCAUCUCAGCCAGUGGAGGUCAUGACCUAUGUGACAUGGAAGCUGAGUGCAUUUCCUGCAACUCGAGUGAUUGGAACUGGAUGCAAUCUGGAUUCACAGAGAUUACAGUAUAUUAUUACAAAUGUUUUGAAGGCACAAACUUCAGGAAAACCAGUAUGGGUUAUUGGUGAGCAGGGAGAAGACAAAGUGACCAAAUGGGGUGGCCAAGAAGAAGUGAUGAGUCAUAACGCUCAGGUGCAGCUGUCCGACAGAGCCAUGGAAUUAUUGAGGGGAAAAGGUCAAAGGUCCUGGUCUGUUGGACUAUCAGUAGCUGACCUGGUUGACAGUCUUAUAAAUGAUAAAAAGAAAGUGCAUUCUGUAUCAGUCUUAGCAAAGGGAUAUUACGAUAUAAAUAGUGAAGUAUUUUUAAGUUUGCCUUGCAUCCUGGGAACCAGUGGGGUAUGUGAAGUCAUCAGAAGCGCAGGGAAAGAAGACGGAGUGACUGAGAAGCUCCAAGGCAGCGCAUCUUCGCUCCACGAUCUCCAGCAGCAGCUAAAGCUCUGAGCCUCAAGUUCAGAGUUACCUGAAAGGAAAGGUCAUUUAGUUUUGCCAACACAUAUAGGGCUGAGAACUUCUGUAUCUUAUUACUUAUUUUUACAAACUGCUUGGUCAAGGUAGGUGGUUUCUUGGUUAGUUUUGUAAUUUGAAUUCUUAGGGAGUUAGAUAAGGAGGGAGGAAAAUCCAGUUUUCUUUGUUGUUCCUGGGAUAUCUGUGUCGUUCUUUCAACCUGGAGCAGAGAUAAACACUACCUGCAGUUACAUCAUGUAAAACUCUGUAUCCUCAACUAAAGGCACGUUCAGCACUUUGGGAAUAUUUUGAAAGUAAUACAUUUUUAGAAGACAGUUACUCCUUGACAGUUACAGUAAACAUGAUGAGCUGAAGGCCCAUUGUGGAUUUAGGAAAUUUGUGCUAGGUGUGCAUUCAAAGGAUCCACAGUUUAAGGUAUUGUUUCUUCCUUAAAAUACAGUCGGCAGUAAUGGUAGUAAAGCAUUUUGUUUUCCCUUUUUGAUUAAUUAGCUACCAAAAUAUGGAAAAGAAUUUACAUGAAUUUAAAAUAAUAAAGGGGAAAAUGAAAAAUUUUUAAAUAUAUGAAGACAAAGUAUAGUUUAACUUCCAGUGGGACUGUCUUCCUUGAAAUUUUCUAUAAUCUCUUUCUGGGCUAUAUCAGAUCUCUAAUAUAUCAUAAACUCACUGUAAUAUUAGUAGAAUCAUAGAGAAAUGUGCAUUUUGAUGGUGAACAAGAGCCAAGCAGUAUACUUUAAAGCUGAAGUAUAAGGGGGAGAGGCUGGAUGGACUGAUUAUUCUGAGCAGAUCCUUCAGUGACUCCCAAAGAAAUGAUCGAAGUCCAUCCACUUUGAUGCUGGGUGGACAGCAGUAUGUUCACAUGCAAAAGAUAGCCUAUUAUCACUAAGGUGGCAUGCAACUAACAGUGACAGCUAACACCAGCACUUCUUAUAUUUCAGGCAGUGUGAUGAGCACUUUAUUAUUUUACUGAAUCUUCAACAGUAGUCCAUCGAGGUAGGGACCAUUAUCAUUAUCAUUUUGUAGAGCAGGGAAUUGAGCUUUAGUGACCAAGAUCUUAUGGUUAAAGGGCACUUAUCCACAUAACUUCUACUUUUUCUAAGUACUAGAUGAGGGAAAAGGUCUAAGAGCAAAAAUAGUCACCAUCAGAGUAAAGCUGGGGUUCUGUACUCUUCCAUUCUCGAGUAGGAGCUGACUUUUUUUCCAACAUAGUUUUUAGAAAGAUUAAUUCCCCGACUUCCCAGACUUUCCCUCAGCAAGUCGCAGAGAGGGGUAUGCACCAAGGUAGGUGUGUAUUUAUUUGGUCACUCAGGUAGUAUUGACUGCCAGCCAACUGUGCAGUAGGCACUGCAUUUUUAGAUACUGCAGAUAUAGUGGUGAGCAAACCUGGACUAAGUACAAGCCCUAUGUUCCUUAUAAUGUAGUAUGGAAGACAUACUAAUCAGAUCUCACAAAUAAAUGUGCAAUUGAAAAUGUAGAAAGUACUGUGAAGAAGUCCAGGCACUUUGAAAGCAUAUCAUAAGUGAAUCCAUACCUGGUCAGAGAGGUAGGAACCUAGGCAGAGAGGAAUCAGUCAGACUAAGGUUAAUUUAGUAUAAUAACAGAUGCUUGUAAUGAUGAGUGUAAAUCAUUCAGGAAAGGUGAAAUUAUAUUGUGUCCUAUGUUUUAGAAAGUAUGAAAGGCCCUGGCUGGUGUAGCUCAGUGGAUUGAGCAUGGUCUGCCAACCAGAGGGUUGCAGGUUCGAUUCCCAGUCAGGGCACAUGCCUGGGUUGUAGGACAGGUCCCCAGUAGGGGACAUAUGAAAGGCAACCACACAUUGAUGUUUCUCUCCCUCUCUCCCUCCCUUCCUCUCUCUCUAAAAAUAAAUAAAUCUAAAAAAAAAAAGUAGGAAAGUAUUUCAUAUGCUUGGAAGGAUUCCCAUCAGAAUUAACUAGUAUAAAAACCUUAGACACUUGAAGAAAUGAGCAUUACUUCUGUGUAAGUUCACUAAAUGGAAAGAUUAUUUCCGUAUUACUCUAAAAAUGUAUCCUCAUUGCCCAUUUGCAUGAUGUAGGAAAGUAAAACUGAAAGAACAAUUCUUGUUUUUUGGAAACACAACUAGCCUUUUUUAAUAUCAGAUAUCUAAUAAGAAAUUAGAUAAUUUCUAUUAAUAUGCUCUUAAACAAUAACCUGACUACAAGACAUUGUAUUAUAGAUGAAUUGCCAAGAAUUCGCUACAUUAAUUAUAAAAAGAAACAUGUCAGUACAACAAAUACUUACUGAACAUCUGUUAUUUAAAGUACUGUGUUAGAAUCUGAGUAUUCAAGGAGGAGUAACAGCUCUUGCCCUACAGAAGCCCACGAUAUAGAAGUAAUUCUAUCAAAUAGUUCCUUGUAUCAGAUAGUUCCUGGUAUCAGAUAGCUCCUCAAGUGUUGAAUAUUAUCAAUCAUGUUGUCUACAUUCCAUAUAAAAGUCAAGAAGCAGUACCACCACCACCUCACUAUGAUUUGGUGAUAAUUGACAUUCAUGAUGCUGCUAUUAAAUUUCACUUUUUUAUUUUUCCCAAGAUCAUGUAAUGUCCCUUGUUACGAUUUUUAGUGAAGCUUGAAUUAAAGUGAUUCUUUGAUAUUGUAGCAGAAAUAAAUAUUUUAUUUUUCCAGUUUUACAUUGUAAAAACAGUGAAUAAAAUAAACAUUGACUUUAA